CCUUCCUCUGCAUAGCGCCACAGCACAACAACUCCCCGGCGCCCUUUCUGAUGGCCCAGUAAUACAAGAUGGUCGGCAAGGGACGCCCCAGCGAUAUGAAGUGCGCUUUCUGUGAUCGCUGCUUUACAAAGAGCGAGCACCUCAAACGCCACCAACGGCAUCAUACGGGAGAAAAGCCAUUCAAGUGCUCAUUUUGUGGAAGAUCCUAUGCAAGAAGCGAUGUCCUUGCGCGGCACUUGCGAAACCACCAUACAGGGGACGAAGCCAACUCAAUUCGCUCAAUGACACGAGGCAAUCUCGUAACGUCCUCCCCAAACAAAACGAGCAACGGCGAAGGCGAUGAUCCUGACCGCGUAUUCCCACAUCUACCCGAUGUUAAUCUGACGAUGGCGAACGAGACCCUGCCAACACAAUCAACUGAGACGUCAACGAUGACAACGGCACAAUUUCCGUCUUUGACUCAGAUGACCUCCGAGCAACCAGCAAGUUUCGACUUUCGUGAUGUCGACUUCGAUCUUCCGGCGGAUUAUGACUUCAAUUUUCCGACACUUUAUGAGGCAUUGAAUGUGUGGCUCACGCCAACAGCAAUGACGGAAAACGACAUUAUUCUCUCGCCGUCGCCGACCCAAGCGAGAUCCCUACCUUCCAUGUGCACGUCAAACUCGCGAUCAUUGGAGCUUUCCAAGCGGGUACAAAAGGCAUGGCCCCGAAGACGCGCCUCUGCAGUCGUACUAGCUAUCCGGAACAUGUGGCGCCGUGCUGCUCAACACCCUGCGUACAACCUCUUCUCCAGCAGUGGUACUAAUGCCGAGACCAUGCACAAUUCUACCAAGACCUCGAGGUGGAAUAUGGAUGACGAGUGCAGAGCCAGGCUCAUGUCGGAUUGUGAUACCGUCCUUCUUCCGGCUGAAAAAUACUCUGGUGGCUUUACAGCACCAGGAUCACCCCAUAUCUCGGUGACACAGGAACAAGACGUGGAAGUGGAAGGGCUGUCGCCACAGUCACCAACGCUGACUUUUCCUUCAACUGAGACCCUGGAUAUGAGUCUUGGCCUCUUCUUCCGGCGCUUUCACCCAGUCCUUCCUUUUGUUCAUCAAGCGACCUUUGACGCCAAAACCACACCGAGCUCCAUGCUGCUCCCCAUGUGCCUCAUAGGCCUAUCAAUACUCAACCCUGGCGGCACUGAUGACUUUAUACGGCUGUACAUUGGCAAAUUACUACGGUUCUGCCGGUUAGACCUCACAUAUAAAGGUCUUGGCAAAGGCGGCGCUCAACAACUGGUCACGUCCCUUGCGUCUUCGCUAUUAGUACUCUACCUGGGUCUUAGCUGCGAGCGACUAGUUGAUGUCCAUCAGGCACACAUGCUUGCCAUACAAACACUUUUCAUUGCCGAUCGUCAUGGCAUGUUCUCCGCCCAUGUGGGAGAACCAAUUACCGCGGCCAUGUUCCAAAACAUGGACCAAGAAUGUUUCUGGAAAGCUUGGGCUCGUGUUGAAUCUUUAAAGAGGCUUGUCGUCUGUCUGAUUUCGAUUGAUUCAGCGUAUACGAGGAUGCUAGAUCUAGCUGCCAACAUUGGCCUAGACAGGGUCGAGGUGGUACUCCCAUGUGAUGCUGCGUUAUUUGAUGCGCCCACGGCCGCGGCGUUCUUCCGGAAGAUCGAAUCUGGUGCGUCUUCGACUGCGGCCCAGGUUGACAUGUCUGCAGUCAGGUCGAGCGAGAUCUUGGGGUUCGACCUCUCUGGUGUAAAGGUACUCCUUGAUGUACUGGCACUGCGGGAAGCGGCAGCAAGACAUAGGUUGCUGUUCAGCGGAUCAACCCCCUUGAAACAUAUGUCCUCAGUUCCGGCAUUGGCUUUCGCAGCAAAUGACGCAGCGUGCGGUAUAGCAGAGACUUUGGCAUCCCUGACGACUUCAAGGUGCGCCUUGAUCAAGCAAGAUCCACCUGCUGCCCUCGCCUGGAACCAUCUUUGUCUCAUGCUUGCGGCAGACUUGGACAACAUCCAGACUGCAUGUGGCAGGACGGGGCUUGAGGCUUCACAAAAAGCCUUUGCUGAUCUUGCAGCAUGGGUUCAAACAGCCAGUGCACGAAGAGCUGUCCUGCAUGCAUCACAGAUCUUCCACAUACUUUCUCGCCACCGCAUAUCCGACCACAAGACGCUUCUGUACGAACAGAUGCUGUCAAGCGCAGCCUUGGUCAUGACAACCUAUGUCCGUCUCUGUGUACAAACAACCGAAUGGCACGCAGAAAGCAUUGAGCUGCUGCAAAAUGUUGACUGGGCAGCUGUUGGCCAGCUAGGUCUUUCUGGAUCACAAUCUGUUGAUGGGGAUAUGUGGUCAAUGUCCGAUGAUCAGUCUUGCAGAUUCAUUGGCGGAGGUGGGCUGUUCACGUUUGGUGGGGAGACAUACUCUCUUGGUGCUGUGUCUGCACGGAAAAUGGUGCUGAGUUAUGCACAGCUCCUCGACGAGAUUGCCCCACGCCACGAUUCAGAGCACUCGCAGUUGCUUCGCACAAUUGGAGACUUCCUCGAUACAGGGGUGACCGCACAAUCAGACUUUGACCCGGGAAUGACGUGAUGGACGCCAGAAUUGUCACCUUUAUCUCGACCCAUCACGAGGCAGGCAAUGCU